AUGUCUUCUAAAAAAUUGUCCUUAGAAGAGAGGUUAUCCCUGGCUACCAAGAAAGGUAAGAAGAAAAGUAAGAAGUUGAUUAAAGUUAAUGAAACCAAUGAGGAAGAUAUACAGGAGCUAAGACAAAUCUCUGGAAAUACUAAAGAGACACAUAGUGCUGAGCCUGCAGAGCAUUCUUCGACAAAGCCCGAACCAUCUGUAGUUAGCGAAGGUGAGCAGCCAGAAAUUGUUGAGAAAUCUCAAGAAAAUAUUAUAGUAUCACCACUAAGAGCUUCUGAACCUGUGAAAGUAGUUGCUACAGAUGAACAGAUUCCUUCGAAUGUUGUUGAUAGUUUUGAUAUUAUUAAUCUGAUUGAUACAAACAACGAACCGUGGAAAUCGCUGUUUCCUAAUGGUGUUAAAGGGUUUGACUCUGAGAAGAUUUUGAAAUCCAUCAUUCAAUAUACCCAUAGUAGUUUUGACACUAAGAAGAAAUUAGAAGAAGAAGUUAAACAUUUGGAAAAACAACAAAAGAAAAACAAUAACUCAGUGUUCAUAAAUUUGAUAAAGGAAAAAGAAGAAUCAGUGAAUCAAUUAAAGAAAGAAAAAGAAGAUCUUUUGAAUCAAUUGAAAAAAGAGAAAGUAGAAGCACAAAACCAAUUGAAAAGGGAAAGAGAUGAUUUAAACUUUCAAUUGACGAAAGGGAAAAAUGAAAUGGAGAAAGGAGAGCGUAAAUUUAAGGAGGAGAUAAAGAAAUUAAACAAAUCCUUAACUAAGUAUGAAGUAACGUUGGCAGACACUGAAACGAAACUAGACACAAUGAAUUAUGAGCUUAAUUCAUUAAAGGAUAAAGUUGAUAACUUGGAGAAAGAAAAUGAAAUCGUAAAAACUAAAAACAUAUCGUUGGACACUGAAUUAAACAAAUUGAAACAAGAAAGCUAUAUUUUAAAGGAAGGUUCGUCGAGAGCAACUGAAAUGGAAGAACAAGUUAAGAAUUUGAGCAAAGCAUUGGAAGAAAAAGAAAAUCUAUUCAAAGAAAAGAAUAAAGAAAUGAUAUUAAAUCAUAACACACAAGUGACGCAUUUAGAAUCAAAAAUUGAACAAUUAAGGAUAUCAUUGGAUAACCCAAAUUACGAUUCCUCUAACGUAGGUUUUGGAAAAACUGAAAGUAGUUCAGGCAAUGAAAAUGAGUUUACCACUGAACAAUACAACAUGUUACAAGAACAAUUAAUCUCCAGUAAGAAAAACUGGACCAGUAUCGAGAACACUCUAAACAAAAAACUAAACGAAUUAGAAUCAGAGAUGCAUGACAUUAAGAAAGAAAAAUCUAGGUUACAAGAUGUGCUUUCGACUAAUGAAACUUCAUAUCAAAAUCUGAAACAAGAAUUAGAGUUACAGAAACAAGAGAAUAUAGAAUCAAAAUCAAAAAUAAUUGAUCUUUGCAAAACCUUAGCUGAUAAUGAAUCGCAAUUUGAUGAAUUACAGAGUGACUAUAAACUUUUACAAAAGAAAUACGAAAUCCAGAGAUCGCAAGUUGGUCAACGUUUGGAACCGAAUCUUCCGAAUGCUUCUCGAAUUAAUUCAUUGGCUUCUAUACAGUCAGCCAAUGGUGGAAUAAAUUUUGAAGAAGAUUGGAUGGAUUGCACUAGACCACCAUUAGACUAUAAUAUUUCUAACGAUUUCUCAGAGGAUAAUGCCACCAUUGAUGAAGAUGAUACAAAGAGGUUGGUCAAUCAUUCCGAUGAUGAGUCGAUACCGGAUGAAGCUACUGAUUUGCAAAUGAAAAUGAACACAUUGCAGGACUCGACAUUUGACAGCAUGCCAUCGUUAGCAUUAAGACAAAGUAAUGCGACUCCAAAUCAGUCGCAAUUCAAUGCACAACUUGUAACAAAAUUAGGUACGGAGAUUAGAAGGUUGGAAUCUGAGAUAUCAUCGUUAACUGAAGCAAACAAUAGACUUCAAGCUGAGAAAUCAAAUACUAAUGCUGAAAUACUCAAACUGUUAGAGGAAAAUGAUGCUACUAAAAAAUUGAAGGACGAAUAUACGAAAAUUCAGAAUCAAUAUAAAGAUGUUGAAAAUAAACUAGAAACUUCCUUAAUUAUAUUGGGUGAAAAAACUGAACAAGUCGAAGAAUUGAAAAAUGACGUUGAAGAUUUGAAAGAAAUGAUCCGUGAUCAGGCUCAACAGAUGGUAAUGAUACAAACAAACAGUGUAAAAUAA